AUGUCGAUCUCAACGCUCAUCGCUAUCUCACACACGCGGUACGUGGUCGUCGUCGCCACCGCUGUUCUCCUGCUCCUUGGCCUCGCCGUCACGCUGUCGUCGCGAAGCCUGUACUAUGGCUACUCAGAGCCCGGCAUCCUCCCUGGGAAUGAAAUCAACCGCACGACGAUCCCCGGCCUGACAUUUCCCCAGAAGAUAUGGCAGACGGGGCCACCGAGAGACCGACUAGAUCCCAGCUUGGCCGCGCUGAUGAGCACCUGGGAGUCGCUCAACCCAGGGCACCAAUACACGUUUCUCGACGACGAUGCUGCCAUGCAGUACGUUACCGACCGCUUCAGCGAAUACCACCCGAACCUCGUCGCGCUCUAUACCGAUCUCGACGAUGUGAUUCUGCGCGCCGACCUGCUGCGUCUGUUGUGCAUGUGGGCGGACGGGGGCGUAUACAGCGAUAUUGACACAGAGUGCCUGGUGCCCAUCGACCGUUGGAUUCCGGCAGAGUAUGUCGAGGCGACGUCGCUGGUCAUCGGUAUUGUAGCUGAUCUCCCCGAAAAUCCUGUGGAGAACCGCCGCUCGGAGAUCGUCCAGUGGACCUUUUUGUCCAAACCCUCGGCCAAGUACACGGUGAAGCUGGUCGAGCACGUCGUCGCCAAUCUGCACAACUAUGCCGAGGAGAAGAAUAUCAGCAUUGGGGAGAUUGGAAAGACCAUGAGUGUCGGCGACGUCAUGCGAAUCACCGGCCCAGUUGGCGUUACCUGGGCCCUGUACGACACCCUUCGAUAUCACUUGCGCGCUCCAUUCGAAUGGUACAACGUUACUGGCCUGCGAGAGCCAAAGCUGGUUGACGACGUGCUUUUCAUGCCCAUCAACGCGUUUGGCAGCAACCAGCAGCACAGUCAUUCGGGCGAGGCCGGCUACGGGCCUAUCUUCCUGAAGCAUCACUUUUCGGGCAGUUGGCAUCAGAACAAAAAUGGCUGA